GGUAGACCAACCUACAACAGCUUUUAUGUCUACUGCAAAGGCCCCUGUCAAGGAGUGCAGCCAGGAAAGCUCAGGGUGCGGUGCAGUACCUGCCAACAAGCGACGCUCACCUUGGCCCAGGGUCCUUCUCGCUGGGAAGAUGUCUUAAUCCCAAACCGGAUGAGUGGUGAAUGCCAGUCUCCAAACUGCCCUGGGACUAGAGCAGAAUUUUUCUUUAAAUGUGGAGCACACCCGACCUCUGACAAGGAAACGUCAGUAGCUUUGAACCUGAUCACAACAAAUAGUCGAGACAUCACCUGCAUAACGUGUAUGGACAUCAGAAGCCCGGUCCUGGUUUUCCAGUGCAACUACCGCCACGUGAUUUGCUUAGACUGUUUCCACCUGUACUGUGUGACGAGACUCAAUGAUCGGCAGUUUGUCCACGACCCUCAGCUUGGUUACUCUCUACCUUGUGUGGCUGGCUGCCCCAACUCCUUGAUUAAAGAGCUCCAUCACUUCAGGAUUCUUGGAGAAGAGCAGUACAACCGGUACCAGCAAUAUGGCGCCGAAGAGUGCGUGCUGCAGAUGGGGGGCGUGCUGUGCCCCAGCCCGGGCUGCGGAGCAGGGCUGCUUCCUGAGCCCAGCCAGAGGAAGGUCACCUGCGAAGGGGGCAGCGGCCUGGGCUGCGGGUUCGUCUUUUGCCGGGAUUGUAAGGAACCGUACCAUGAAGGUGAAUGCAGUGCCCUGUUUGAAGCCUCAGGAACAGUUACUCAGGCCUACCGAGUUGAUGAGAAGACGGCAGAGCGGGCUCGGUGGGAGCACGCCUCCAAAGAAACGAUCAAGAAGACCUCUAAACCCUGUCCCCGUUGCCACGUGCCGGUGGAAAAACAUGGAGGGUGCAUGCACAUGAAGUGCCCGCAGCCCCAGUGCCAGCUCGAGUGGUGCUGGAACUGCGGCUUGGAGUGGAACCGCGCCUGCAUGGGGGACCACUGGUUCGACGUGUAGCUGGAGCAGUGGCCACGCAGGCGCAACUCAGCCGCCAUCCCACUGGGAAACGUACAGAGUGUCCUAGUGUCAUCUGCUGCUUCUCCUUUCUCUAAACACACACACACACACACACACACACACACACACAC